CAGUCAAACGUCUCUCAGUGAGAGAGCAAGACAAAAGGAUGAUCUUAAAGAUUUAAUCAAGCACUGACAACAUGCCUCAACGGAAGAGAGCCCUUGUUCCCAUUAAUACAAGGAGAAGGGUUAGAGCUGAUGAAGAUUGCUUCCCUUUCAACUCCCUACCGGUGGAAUGUCAGCUCCAUGUGCUCUCAUUCCUCAGUGAGGUGGACAAAUGCAACUCUGCCCUUGUGUGUGCGAGCUGGAGCUGCUUAGUGCGCUCUGGGAAGCUCUGGAGAGUUGCAGACUAUUCCCACCGUGGGGUGUUUCAUCUGGGCCAGGAGGGUCUGCUCGUUUCCAACAGAGAGUUUGAGCGCUGGAAGGCUUGGGUUCACCAUUACACCCAUCAUCUUAUAUCCCGUGGGGCUAGUUUGCUCACUCUGAAGGCCAGUUUUGAUCUAGGAGACCAGUGCAAUAAAUGGGUAGAGCUCCUGUCGCACCUUCUAGAGAACGUGCAUUGCCGGGAUCUCAGUCAUUUAGACUUGAACUGGACAUUUACCCUGCUGGAACCUCUUGACCUUCGUGUCCACACCAGUUCUAGUUCUCAUCAAGACAAUAUUACCAAGAUGGACCACUUUCAGAUUCUCCUGGCCAGACUCGUCCACAGCUGUCCCAGGAUUACCAAAAUGCGCCUGCACUUCGACUGGUCCGAAACAUCAGUUGCGCUGAUCACUCGGUUUCAACACCUCCGUAUCUUAGAAUUGAAGUACUUUUGGGUAUUCAAAGGGGUCAGUCCGAACACUUUACAGAUGCUGACGAAAUCGCUGCCUAAUCUAAAAUCCCUCAUGCUCCAUGUUCUUGUUCCACUGCGAAAUCUAGGCAUCUCGUACACCCUUGAAUCCCUUUCGCUCGAGUUCCUAGAUGUGUCGCCCAGUCGAGGUCUGGUCUUCUCCUGCCUCAACCUCCCAGCGCUACGAGAGCUGCGGGCGAAUAAGAUCGUUCGGGGCAUUACUCUGGACCGCCGGACUCGACUACAGAUACAGAGCCGAUGGCCCUGCUUGUAUCAGGUCUUACAUGAAGGGACGCCCAAACUUCAGGCCCUUAACAAUGAAAGACUCCUUCCCAACUGGAAAGAGCAAAGUUACAGAGAGCUGACGUCAAUCCUCCAGCAGUCUUGCUACUGUCUUCAGCAUUUAGACAGUUGGCUUUGGUGAAGUCGAGACUUAAACAAUUACAGGCCACACAUAACGGCCUAAAGGGACACCACCACAUCCUGAAGAAAAUUAUAGGAUUCUGGAAACGUUUCUGGGCAGCAAGAAGGUCCCAAACAGCUGGAUGUCUCAUCACUGAGGUCUGAAGGUCUCUGGCAGAACAUAAGGACUCAAGGAUAUCAGCUUGGGUCCGUUGAUUACUAAAAAUGUACUUUAACAUCUGAUGAAUCUCUUUUUUCAGCAUCAAAGCUCUCUUUUGUGUGUGUUUUUUCUCUGACCAUUAACUACUUGAUAGAUAUUAAAACUGAUUCCAGAUGUGGGGC